AUGGAGGAUUCAAAGCUGGAAAACAACUCUAACGACUGUGAUAUUAUGUUGCUAGAACAUUUCCUGAGGAGUAGACAAAUACCGGAGACUAUCAUUGACUAUUUUAAGAAAGAAAACAUUGAUGGCGAGUCACUUUUAUCAAUGGAAGAAGAUGAUCUAAAGAAACAUAUUCCAAAAUGUGGCGAUCGCAUAGCCAUUUUAAACUUCUGUAAAAGAACAGCACGCAGUAAUAAGCAGAGUUUAAUAGAAAAACUGAAAAGUAAAAUGGAAUCCAAAGAAAAAGGUUCAAAAAGAAAACGUCCUCAAAAAUUCAAUGAACAGCAGCAUACCAAAAAACCAACAAGAUCGAUAGAGAUUGGUUGGCUUUGUGCCGAUAAGACAAAUAAAGAUUACAAGCAAGUCAGGGCGAAAUUUGGAGGCGGUACAAGAAGAAUUUCAAUAUCGAAGAAUUUUAAAUGUUCAGACAUACUGAUCAUAGCAAAAGAAUUAUUUUUUCCUGAUGGUGUAUCGCCCAAGGGAAGUUUAUCCCUAUUUGACUGUGAACUUUUAGAUUUUAAAAGUCAUGCAUUAUGCGAGGAUCUAACAGUUCAAGAAAUGUAUGACUUGACUGCAGUAAAAACUAUGAGGUGUUACUUGGCCACAAAAUACAAAAUAGAUGUGCUUACCGAUGAUGAAGAAUAUAUCCCAGCAACCAUCACUAGUCAAUGCACUUCAGAAUCAACAGCAAUAAAUAAUGAGUAUCAGUACCUUGUGAAUUCAAUUCUCGAUGGACUCGAUCAUGAUGCGAACAAAAUAGCCUCAGAAAUUUCAAAUCAUUCCCCAAUCUGUAUGUUGCAGGACAAUAGUAUCAUUGAAGAGAUGGAGCGAUCAUCAGAGCAACUUGCUACAGAAAAUAUUCAUCAGACAUUUGAGGAUGUUGUAAAGACUUUACAGGAGCCGAUCAAUAAUGAGGAAUCGAAUACAUUCAAUGUAUUUCGAGAAGAAAUUUUCACAUGUUGCGUUAGGGCUAUGCGGCGGCAAUCAUUCUCCCCCUACAAUAAAAUCUUCGUCAAAUUCAGUGACAUGGAGGGUACUUCAGAAGGGGCAAUAGAUGAAGGAGGUCCCACGAGGGAACUUUUCAGACUUGUGAUCAAUUUUAUCAAAGAAGGUCCAAUGUUCACAGGCUCGUAUAAAAAACACCUUUCAUUGAAUGCACAAGCUCUGAAAAACAACCAUUAUUAUGAGGCUGGACGCAUCAUUGCACUCUCAUUGGUACAUGGUGGACCGGCUCCACAUUUUUUCUCUGAGUGUUUGUUCAGAUUAAUAACAGGACAGGUAGAAAACGCAUUACCAACAUUGAAUGAUGUAGGAGAAGACAUCAAGUCAGCUCUAAUACAACUGGAAAAUACGGAAAGCCUUUCCGAGGCCCAAAACGUGAUCACUGACACCAGUAUUUUCACUAUUGCAGGAUACAAUUUUAUAUACAAUUUUCAAGACAAAUCUGACAUUAUACAAGGUACACUCAAAUUCUAUGUUAUCAAUAUAAUUCAAGAAGCUUUAGCCCAAUUUAUCGAUGGAUUAAAAACAUGCAACGUUCACGAAUACAUGGUGAAAUUCCCAGAUCUAUUCAUGAGUCCUAUGUGUGAUGAUGUUGGAAUAAUAACGGCAGAAGAUUUAGAAAGGCUUUUCGAAGUUAAAUACAGUACCAUAGGAUCAAACACACGGAAAGUUGAGAAUAAAGUUAUCACCUAUUUUAGAGAUUAUCUACUCGAAUGUGAAGCCAACUCAAAUCGUCAAGGAGAAUGUGGCUCCGAAGAAAAAAUAUCUUUGGUGGAUAUUUUGAUAUUUGCAACUGGGGCGAAUCACAUCCCCCCUUUGGGUUUUCCGCUAUCACCACAGAUAACAUUCUUACAUGAUGACUCAAGUCCUUAUCCGAAAGCAAACACUUGUGGCUUGGUGCUGAAGUUGCCAGUUACCCACAAAAGUUAUGAGGAGUUCAUAAGUGCCUUGAACUUCGCAUUUGGAAAUUGCAAUUCCUUUGGUUUCGCAUAA